AUGCUCAAGAUACAGACCGCCGCCGUGCCGCCAAGUAUCCACUCUUCGCGCACUAUCCACGACCCCUCCGGCGACUCUCCGUCCGCGUCCGCGCGCAUCACGCCUGCCUCCGUUCAAGCCUCCGAUCAACACUCUUCCUCGACUCGGGCUGAUCCCGCCUGGGGCGUCAUGAACGGCAUCGUCGGUACCGCCCCCAUGGGGACCAUGUACGUUCGCGCCCUUUACGACUACGAGGCCGACGACCGCACCAGUCUCAGUUUCCACGAAGGCGAUGUCAUCCAGGUCAUCACCCAGCUCGAGAGCGGCUGGUGGGAUGGUGUCAUCAACGGCGUUCGAGGCUGGUUUCCUAGCAACUACUGUCAGAUUAUCACGAGCCCAGACGACCUGCCCGACGCCGCCCAUAAUGGCGCUCUCGAGAACGUUGAGGAUGACGCCGAGGACGCUGAAAUUUACGACGACAACUACGAACAAGACGACGACUCUGAACAGGAUAUGCCCGUAGGCCUUCCGCUCGAGGGCACUGAUGGAGGCGACAGCUCGAGAGCCGACUUCUGGAUUCCGCAGGCCACACCCGAUGGCCGUCUAUUCUACUACAACAUGAUGACGGGUGAUCGCAGCAUGGAACUGCCCCUCGAGUCCCCUGUUUCCGCAAACGAGACCGGCCCGCGAGACCGAAUGAAUGUUAACAUCCCUGAUAAGACGAGGCCGCCCCCUGAGAUGAUGGCGCGCGGUUUAACUCAGGACGAAGACGACGAGUCGCUGACUUCAGCGUCUGAAGCCGAAGGCGACUCCUCAAGACUUCACCGGAAUCGUGCCUCCUUCGGUGCUCUGUCGCCUUCAACAUCUAUGGACUCUAUCAAUGGCGCAUCACCUAUUGGCCGCCCAAGAAAUGGCACGCCGAACCAUCUUACCGCCGGCCAGGUUCCAAACAUAGCUUCAGCUACCUCGUUCACUAGCACUACCUAUAAUCUUCCGACAACAGCCACCGUUCCUCGCUCAUUCUUCGAUGACGGAUCUACACCUUCGCUCAGCUGGACUCUUCUUGUUUCCAACAUGAGGCGUGCCAUCGACCGGUAUCGCGAGGCCAUCACCAACAAUAAUCGCUCAGAAUAUGUAGCACGAGCCGAGGAUAUCUCCGAUCACCUACGACUACUCCUAGCCGCUGGCUCUGGAACCACCGACAAUCACUCCGGCCAGCCAUCCAUCAUCUCAACAAAUAAGGCCCUCUACCCUCACUUCCGGGACAUGAUGUCCAAGUUCUCGAAGCUCGUUAUCUCUUCCCAUAUUGCUGCCGCCGACUGGCCCAAUGCCGAGUCCAUCCAGAAAUGUCUACAGGAAGCUGACGGUGUCCUUCUGGGUGUGUUCAGUUACGUGGAAGUCGCUCGUCAACAACGCGGCGAGGAGAUUCCCCGUCUCUUCCCUGGUUUUGUCAUUGGCAGUACAACUGGUGGCAGCUGGCAAAACAACGGGCUGGGCCCUCGAGAUGAGAUAACCGCCAACUUCCUCGAAGACGACGAGGGCGUUGUAGAGCCAACAGCUAUACUGGACAACAAGCUGCUAGAACGACUCGAUGAACAGAAGCGCAUUCUGGUAUCCAGCAUCCGCGAACUCGACAAGAGCCUCGUUGUGCCUGAAAAGAUCAUCACCCCCUACAGACACGAAGUGAUUGGGAACAACGUCUGUUUCGCAGGUGGCAGAGUCCUAGAGACUUUUAGGCAAUGGGUUGCCAUGAUUGAGUCCAUCGAUCUGUCAUCCUUGGGGAACAGCUUCCAGACACCUCAACUAUCUGAUUUUGGCACCCAUAAGCAGAGCCUCUACGACAACAUUUCUGACCUUAUUUUGGGAUGCCAGGCCGUUGCCGGUCCCCUGGCCGAUGAAUGGACUGAGGUUCGAGGUGAAGCGAUGGAGAACCGCCUGGAAUAUGUUCGCCAAUGCGCGAGAGCGCUGGAGACCAACUCUUCACAUAUCGGAUUCUCUCUACAACUUCUAUCUGAACAAGUUCAGAUUAAUAUGCAACAGCAUCAAAUGGACCAACGGCCUCAUGAGGAACCUUUCACCCGGGCACCUCUACAAAGAGGUGAGACGAUGCCAUACGACCGCCCACACCAACGAACAGAGUCAAGGACUGCUCCAGUGAGACCAGCACUAGUUUCAUCGCAGUCCUUCACCGAAGGAGAUCCUGCGCCAGGCAACUUCCGCAAGGGCGACUACUCAAAGGUCAAGAAGAUCUUUGGCGAAGAUCCUUCACCCCAAGUUCCAGUGACGGAGGAUACACCGGAGUUCUUGCUCCUCGACUUCGAGCAUGAAGUAUCUUGGGAUGCAAAGACCUCGCCGCCUACUGUCAAGGGAGGCUCUCUGCUUGCCCUUGUUGAGCAACUCACCCGUCAUGACAAGCUUGACUCAAACUUUAACAACACCUUCCUCCUCACCUACCGCUCUUUCACCUCUGCUCGAGAGCUUUUCGAGCUCCUCGUAAAACGAUUUGGAAUCCAACCACCCGAAGGCCUGACACAAGCGGACUACGAGAUGUGGAGAGACCGAAAGCAGAAACUCAUCCGUUUCAGAGUGGUCAAUAUCCUCAAGAGUUGGUUCGACAACUUCUGGAUGGAAGAAUACAACGAGGAGUCUAAACAGCUUAUCCGGGACGUUUACACCUUUGCAAAGGACACAGUCAAAUCAACCGAGACCCCUGGAUCGGCCCCGCUGAUGGCAGUCUUGGACCAGAGAUUGAGCGGCAAGGAGGCUGGAGCUCGGAGGAUGAUCCAGACGGUGAACCAAAACACCCCCACUCCAAUCAUGCCAAAGAACAUGAAGAAGCUCAAGUUCCUGGAUAUCGAUGUGGUGGAAUUCGCCCGACAGCUUACAAUAGUCGAAUCACGACUCUACGGCAAGAUCAAGGCCACUGAGUGCUUGAACAAGACCUGGCAAAAGAAGAUCGGCGAAGGCGAACCUGAUUUGGCACCCAAUGUCAAAGCCCUCAUCCUUCACUCGAACCAGAUGACCAACUGGGUUGCCGAGAUGAUCCUAGCACAGAUGGACGUCAAGAAGCGAGUGGUUGUUAUCAAGCACUUCGUGUCUGUUGCCGAUCGUUGCCGUGCGCUCAACAACUUCUCCACACUAACCUCCAUUAUCUCGGCCCUGGGUACCGCACCCAUUGCUCGUCUCAAGCGUACAUGGGAUCAAGUGCCCCAGCGAACGCACACCACCUUGGAGUCAAUGCGGAGAGUCAUGGCAAGCACCAAGAACUUCGGCGAGUACCGAGAAGCGCUCCAUGCGGCCAACCCCCCCUGUAUCCCUUUCUUCGGUGUCUAUCUAACCGACCUGACCUUUAUCGAGGAUGGUAUUCCGUCCAUCAUCAAGAAGACUAACCUCAUCAACUUUGCCAAACGCGCUAAGACUGCUGAGGUCAUCCGAGACAUUCAGCAGUACCAGAACGUGGGAUACUCACUGCAGCCGGUGCCUGAGCUGCAAGACUACAUCUUGAACAACAUGCAGGCAGCUGGUGAUGUGCACGAGAUGUAUGACAAGAGUCUGCAGGUCGAGCCUCGUGAGCGAGAGGAUGAGAAGAUUGUGAGGGUUCUUGCCGAGUCUGGCUUCCUAUAA